CAAAAACUGUUCCAAGGAGUUGGCUAAGGAUAGAUUUCUUCGAUAACGUCCCGGUUUCAGUCGAUUUUUGCGUCGGUAACGGGUUCGAAAUGGUGCGCGAAGUGUUAACGUUGCAGUUGGGCAACUACGCCAACUACGUAGGCACGCACUGGUGGAACAUACAGGAAUCGUCGUUCAACUAUGAUCCAACAGCGGAACCAUCGGAUAUCGAGCACACUGUGCUGUACCGGGAGGGUGAAACGAGACAGCGACAACCGACCUUCACACCGCGCCUUCUGAUGCUGGAUCUGGCCGGUACGCUGAGGCAUCUUCCGCGGACUGGCGAUCUGUAUGAGGAGGAACUCGCACCAGCCGGUGACACACCGUACACGCAGACCACAACCUCUGACACGGACAGCGGGGCGAUGGAAGUGAUCAAGCAGGAGGAACGGUACGAACCGCACCCUUUUCAAGCCGACCUUAACGCGGGCCUCCCGGUGGACGCGAUCGGCGCGAAGAAUUAUGAUUUCCGUAACACCGUGCAUAGCUGGUCGGAUUAUAGCUACGCCCGCUACCAUCCACGUAGCAUCAACAUGAUCGAGCGCUACGCACAUUCGCCGACCGAGGGCCAGUUCGAUACGUUUCCGCAUGGGCGCGGCCUGUGGCAGGAGGUGGACUUCCAGGACCAUCUGGUGGACCGCAUCCGGCAGUACAUCGAGGAGUGCGAUGAGUGCCAGGGCUUUCAGACGCUCUUCGACUGCACGGACGCGUUCACCGGGCUCACGAUCGGCCUGCUCGAGCAUCUGCACGACGAGUACGGAAAGGCGUCGCUUGUUUUCCCCCUGUUUGCACCGCGGCCACCAACGUUUAAGGGUGCGGACGAGGCAACGAGCGACUCGAUCCGGGUGGUUAACACGGGGCUCGCUUUCGCGCACCUGCCCGAACACUGCUCACUGUUUGCGCCGCUUGCAACGAUGGCACAGUGCUGGCGUACCAUGGAAACACCACGUCCACUGCCCGGUCUCAGCUACGAUCCGCACAGCCUCUAUCAAACGUCCGCCAUACUGGCCGGUUUCCUCGAUACCGUCACGCUACGCUAUCGAAUGCGAGGCGGUGCCAGUGGUGGCCAUCUGGCGGGGCUCUGCAGCGAUCUGAAUGCGUAUGGUCGCCGAAUAGUCGCUGGUGUCCUCGCGAUGCCAUUCCCGAUGGACGCCACGCAGGAUCUGAUCGAUUGCCUGGACCAACUCGAGGGCAAACAGCUGCUGGCAAGCAUUACGCCCGGCACCGGCAUGAACACCGGCGCACAGCCUACCCGAGGCGUCGUCCAGUCUGUCUGUGUUCGAGGAUUACCUGAGCACCGCCUGAAGCGACCACCGACGGCCAAGGGGGCCCAGCGGCAGCAACGGAUGGCUGGCUAUCGGUGUAACAGUGUGAGCGAAAUGUUGCAGUUGUUCUUUAGCUGCACGCUACCGGUGAGCAUGUCGCACGUAACGGCCACACGAUUGCCACUUCCGGUACGUCAACCGUUUCCGGUGGAGCUGUUCGACGGGGGACCGGGUGGGCUGAGCUUCGAUGGCUUUCGCACAAACGAUCCACAGCACGGGCAGCUGGCACCGCUCGCUAGCAUUCCGACACUUGCCGCACUCCAGUCAUCGACGAACUUGGGCCAGCCACUGGAGGCCCUGCAUCGUGAGGUUAGGCGAGUCCGACCAUCGCGCAUACCGCGCUUUGCCGAUUGUGGUCUGGAUACGAGCGAGUAUGAUGAGUCCCUCGAACAACUGCUACAGCUGAAGGAACAGUAUGACGAUAACUACUCCAUCUAACGCGCAUUCCGUUUUGGUCAUCGGCAAACAGCUUUGUGUACACAUACUUUCGUUAAUAAAGAUUUUUGUUUGUUUUUCACGGA